CUCUGUCUUAUGCCAAGCAAGUUUAUUAAGAAGUAUGCCAUCUUGUAUACUGUUUGCAGGGGAGAAAUGGGACAGAACUAGCAGAAAGCUAUCAUACAGUGGGACAGAGUCAGCAGGAAGUUCAUCAAGCAGUGUUGCACAAGAGGAGCACAGGAUACCUCAGGGCUAUCACAGGCCAAGCACACAAAGUCCUUGGGACUGAUAACUCCAAUCUCUUCAGUGGGGAAAGCCACAUUCCCAGGAAUGGAAACUCGAACUCCUUCUAGGUCCUGGAUCCAGCCCCAGACUGGACUUGGCCAAGUCUGCCCCUGGGCAAGGACACUGAGCUAAGUUCCUUUUGUCCUUUUCUGGGGCCCUCUGAGAAAGCCUUGGAUCAACCUGACUCUGAACAAUCAGCUGCUUGCUAGAUUUAGAAUAUGAAAAAAACAAAACAAAACUGAAUCACUCGGGUAUUGUCAGUCCAGAGAUUGUGACUCCAACAAACUGGCAUUACCUAACAUCCAACAUCUAAUCCAGUGGUUCUCAACCUCAAAGGGUCUUAUGACCCUUUCCCAGGGGUCGCCUAAGACCACCAGAAAACACAGAUAUUUACAUUACGAUUCAUAACAGUAACAAAUUACAGUUAUGAAGUAGCACUGAAAACAUUUUUAUGGUUGGGGGUCACCACAACAUGAGGAACUGUAUUAAAGGGCCGCAGCAUUUGGGAGGUUGAGAACCCCUGCUCUGAUCUAUCCUGUCCUCACUCUGCCUCCCUCGGAGUGAGAAAGACUAGGGAGAUCAACUCCACCUCCUUUGGCAUUCAAAUUGGAGCAAUGUUGAUUCUGCUGCUAAUACUGCUCCCUGCAACCCAGGCCAUCUCAAGGCUUACCUCAUCAACAAACCAUAGCACCCACCACCUCCUUCCCCUCAGUGGCGUCCCCCCAAGCAUGUAAAAGUGUUCAUCAUAAAGAUGGUGAGACAAGCACUCCUGUCCCUCUUUCCAGCUUGCUUCUACCCUUAGUCUCUUCCCUCGGGAGUCAAGCUUCUAGAUACACUUUCCUGGUAUAGUCAACCAUUGUCUGGCUUCUGCAUCAUUACUCUCUGGAAACUGCUUGGCCUGUCAGUUCUAGGUGUUCCCGAAGGGUUCAUCAAUCCCAUGCCGGACACUGCUGCUGGAUCCUGGCAGUCAAGUGUGGUACCCAUUGGAGCAGGACUUCUAACUUUUUGGUGCAAAGGUCACCCACAGAGUAGCUCAGUGAGGCUCCCCAGACCAUUGGGUUGGUAGUCAGCCCCCAAUUGCACAUGAUGCUGGAAUUAUGUGAGCCAAGAUCCAUACCCGCUUCUUGUUCCAAAGCUUCUAGAUUUCUUAAGAAACAGGCCACCCUUCAACCCUCAAAACUCACACAUUGUGUCCUAUCCCUCUUUGAGACAAUGUUCAUACUUCUGUGUAGCUCUUAACCUAAAGGCCUAAAGUGAAGAGUCUCAUUGACUGGGCUUAGGUUGAGCUAUUUCGAACACUUUAAGGUGUCUGGAGGGAGACUCCCCUUUGGUAGCAAAACUUUUUGGCAAAUCUAUGUUAAUUACCUGAUGGGACCCAGGUUUCACAGGUGAGUGUGCCCUUACCAAGCAACUUCUUUUCGCUCUAAAAUACUCGAAAAGUCUUGUCUUUUAGGUAAAGGAUGGAGCUGACCUCCACAAGCCGCUUUCAAACUGAGAUGACACUGGAAAAUUUACCAUUGUGUCUUCCUACCUGUAUCACCCACCUGCCAUGCUUUGCCCCCUUAACGGCUUCUAGUUUUAACCACCCCCUGGCAUCCUAUUCAGUAUCUGUUUCUUUUUCACUCACUGUCCUGCCCCUGAGUUACCCAGUUCAUGCCCAUGGAUGUAGUUAGGAAUGGAGAGUCUUUGAAGUCUUGGAAGUGAGAUGAGGUUGUUCAGAGGGAAGAGGACUGGGCUCCAGUAGGGAAAGAUCAACUGGCAGAGAGAAGGACACUGGAGCAGACAAGGAAAGGACCAAACACAGGGCGUGAGGUCCCUGUUGCCUCCUUGAACCACGUACCUGACUAUGAUGACCCUUGUUUGGCAAAGGUCAACUGCUAGUUUGAUUACACCCUCUCCCUCCACGAAGUUCAGCCUCCAUAGCACAGCACACAGGUCCUAUCCCAAGAGGACCAUACACAUUUCCCUUUUACUCCCCCAGGUGCCUGUUGCCUAACCACUUCGACAUUAUUAUCUUGAGGUCAUGUUUGCGUCCACCAUAGCUCUUCUCUUUCUCUACUCCCCCUUCUCAAUAGUCCAGUUUGGUAUACAAAGUCUUUAUCAACUACCCUAGCAACGUAAUCGCCAUUGAAUUCCAUUCUUGCAUUUUUUAAAAACAGGUAUUUCCUUGUAAUACAUUUGUGUUUGCAGAAGACUAUAAAUCUUUUGGGGCAAGGACCCUUAUUUGCUGUUUCCAAGAACUAGGCAUUAAUGGUUGAAGAUUGAAUUUACUAAAUUAAUCUCUAGGUACUAUAUUUCCAUAUUGAAUGGUUGUCGGCUGGGGUUGCGUCUACCCUGAAGGGGAAUGUGGCAGUUUCUGGAGACAGUGUUAGUUGUUGCAGCUGGGAGAGUGCUAUUGGCAUCCAACGGGCAGGUACUAGAAAUGCUGCUAAGGACUCUCUGCAUGAAACAACUCUCACCAACAACGAAUGAUCUGGCCCAGACUGGGUAAGGCUGAUACCAAGCAAUCCUUAAAUGUACUUCUAUUGAGACUCUUAAGUUUCCUGUAGCAUACAUUGAAAUCAUCCCCUUAGCACUAGUACGGACUCCAAGACCUGCGAGCAUCCUAGUCAUUCUUUAAGAGUUCCUCAAGCUUGUGGGUGCGUAAGCAUCUCCUGGAGAGCUUGUCGAAGCCCAAGCAUCUGGACCUCCUCCUAAGUGUCAGAUCAGCAGAUUUUGCAUUGCUGACAGUUCUCCAGCAAUGCUGAUGAUGUCGCUGGCCCCGGACCCACAUUGCAAACAGUUGCUUUAAAGAGCACAGGUAACCGGAGAGUUGAAUCAAGCUUUUCGUCCUCAAGGCUAUAGCCACAGUCUAGAGAUGCAACUUUGCUGGGCAACCAGGCCUUUCCUGGUCCUGUCUCUCCCCAUUCAGUAUCUGCCAGAAUGCCUGUGGCCGGCAAUGCCUUAAACAUGCCACACAAACCACAUUCCAGAGACCAGACGAUAAAGGCGGGGGAACCUAUGCCUCUCUGCCCCCUCUCCAUGCAUUAACCAGUUACUGUCAGAGGUUCAGGACCUUGAACAGUAGAUGCCAUCUUCCCUCCUAGAUCCACAUGCUAGUCUUUGAGAGCAUCUGUUCAGAAUCGGGAGGAGAAGCCCAGACUCAGGAAUAUUGAGUGUCAGCAAGACAUCUAUCGAAACAAGUUCGUGACAUCAGUAGUUUUCAAAGUGUCAAAAUGUGACCCUUGGACCAUCCUCAUCACCACCCAUACAAAUUCUUGGUCCUCACCCCAGAGCUACAUCAUCUGAAACAGAUUAGAACCUAGUCACGUGUAGCACGCCCUCUGGGUGUUUCUGUUCCUGGCUCAAAAUAUAGAAGCACUGGAAAUACCUCCCGCCCCCCAAGUUGAAGAACUCCAGAUGUGGACUCUUUUCCUUUCCUACCUGCGUACACCAGAGAUACUCACAGCAUCAGUCCCCUCACAACGCCUUCCCCGUAGGGUAUCUGCGCCCGACAACAAAGAGCAAGCCCACCUUCGUUGAAUCUGCCAUUCGUAUGCGGGGUGGUCUGGCUGUCUCUGGCAUGUCAGGGUGCCGGAGGUGCACCAUACCAGCCCUCAGACACGCAGACCCUGGCUGGGUCACCUCGGACUGGGAAAGAUGAUGUGGCUCCUUUGCUGGGGUACCCGGCUGGCGUCCCGCCCUGCGUUCCUGCGUAAACAGGCGGUUCCCUCGGCAACGCCUGGAACCCACGUCAAGGUUCCACCAGUCCCGGGUGGUGACCGCCCCGUUUCGGCCGAGCCCCACCCACUCCUCGCGGCGGCGGCCGCUCGGCUCGGCUCAGCCCAUCACCCUGCUGCGGGAUGAGCAGAGCGGCGGCCCGCGCAGAGCCCCAUGGAGGAGCCGGCGCGGCCCCCCGGCCGGCCGCCCGCGAGCGUGGCCUUACCGGGCAGCGCGCAUCCGGGCGGGGCGGUUUCCACGGCCACCGCGGCCGCGCUGUCCUUCAGCGCCGUAGCCACGGUAACGCUGGGAAACCAGAGCGAGGCGGGCCGGCCGGAGGCGGCGGGGCCACGGGGACCCGCGCCGCUGCUGUGGCACGGGGCGGCGGUGGCCGCCCAGGCGCUCGUGCUCCUUCUCAUCUUCCUGCUGUCUAGCCUGGGCAACUGCGCCGUGAUGGGGGUGAUCGUGAAGCACCGGCAGCUGCGCACGGUCACCAACGCUUUCAUCCUGUCGUUGUCCCUGUCGGACCUGCUCACCGCGCUGCUCUGUCUACCCGCCGCCUUCCUAGACCUGUUCGCGCCCCCGGGAGACUCGGGGCCCUGGCGCAGCUUCUGCGCCGCCAGCCGCUUCUUCAGUUCGUGCUUUGGCAUCGUGUCCACGUUCAGCGUGGCGCUCAUCUCGCUGGACCGCUACUGCGCCAUCGUGCGGCCGCCGCGCGACAAACUGGGCCGGCGGCGCGCGCUGCAGCUGCUGGCCGGUGCGUGGCUGGCUGCCCUGGGCUUCUCCCUGCCCUGGGAGCUGCUUCGGGCGCCCCGGGAGCCCCCGGCUCCGCAGAGCUUCCACCGCUGCCUUUACCGAACCUCUCCAGACCCCGCGCAGCUGGGCGCCGCCUACAGCGUGGGGUUGGUGGUGGCCUGCUACCUGCUGCCCUUCCUGCUGAUGUGCUUCUGCCGCUACCACAUCUGCAAGACCGUGCGCCUGUCGGACGUGCGCGUGCGGCCGAUGACCACCUACGCGCGCGUGCUGCGCUUCUUCAGCGAGGUGCGCACGGCCACCACCGUGCUCAUCAUGAUUAUCUUCGUCAUCUGCUGCUGGGGCCCCUACUGCUUCCUGGUGCUUCUGGCUGCGACUCGGCAGGGUCAGGCCACUCAGGCCCCCUCACUGCUCAAUGUGGUGGCUGUCUGGCUGACGUGGGCCAAUGGGGCUAUCAACCCUGUCAUCUAUGCCAUCCGCAACCCCAACAUUUCUAUGCUCCUAGGGCGCAACCGUGAGGAGGGGUACAGGACUAGGAACAUGGAUGCUUUUUUUCCCAGCCAAGGCCUAGGUUUGCAGGCCAGAAGCCGCCAUCGUCUUCAAAAUGGCUGUGCCAGCAGGUUAGGGGCUUGUAGCAGGAUGCCUUCCUCCAACCCGGCUAGCGGGGCAGGAGGGGAAGUGGUCAUGUGGGCUCGCAAAAACCCAGUUCUGCUCUUCUUUGGAGAGGGACCACCAGAUCCGGUUAUGGCAGUCGGCAAACAGCACAAAUCUGAAACUGGGGAUAGUAGCCUCUAAGAAGGGUUGGGGUGGACAGCUUGUAAUAGCAAAUUUCCACCCCUUUCGUUUCAUGAUGCGGGAAUCCGGGGAGAAUUGUGGAUUUCAUAAAGCUAGACAUUUACAACUGAAAAGGCAGAAAUGGGAGUGUUAUCACUUCAUUCUCAAACAUAAAAGACGCAAGGGAACAUCCCCUUUCUUCAAAAGUGCCGAAAAGAAUGUGAAAUGCAAAAAUUAAAACAAUCUUAAACCACACAAUCAAGCAUUGUGAGGUGUAAGUGCUAACAAGCCACAAAAUAAAAUUCACAGUUACUGAAAAGCUCAUAUUACAAGAAUCACCGCACUGUGAAACAAACAAAAAUCAUUGAACUGAACAGAACAGAUUUAUUCAAAUACUGGUUUUUUGACUGAGUUAAGACCCUCGGAUCUGUUUGAAGGGCCCCUGUACUUCACCAGCAUUCAACGAAACCAGAUUCUGGAGUCCGACCUGCUUUGGGUGCUUAGAGCUGAGAGCCGAAACAUCAUUACACCGAUUGAUGCCCUCCCCCAGAAUUUUUGUGUGAAAUUUUAAAUUGAGUCUAUUUUAAACAACUUCAGGAUUUUUGAAAAGGUCGUUUAUUACUAGAUAUAAUUUAGUGGUCCAAAGGGCAAAAUGAACAUAAUGUGGUGUUUAAACAGACGUCCAACAUUAUACAUAAAAACCCAUGUUCCUUCUAAGCCCGUUUUAGGCCCCAAAUCAUCAGUCUUGGGAAACCGUGUCCUUACUCUAAACCAUUGUUCCUGUCUGAUAGCUUGUGUGGAUGCCACUCCAAAUGCUUUCAUUAAAAAAAUAACUUUCAUAUUAGAAAAAUCUUUGUCUAUUGGGGCAACUCUAUGUUUUUGCUUGUUUUUUGAUAGAGCCUAAACUGUUAUUUGAAGUCAAAUUGCUUGAAUAAGGUGAGUCCUGCUAAAUAUGUAUAUAGGCAUGUAUGUAUUAUACAUACACCUUACAUAUCCAGUACUGGCUGGCCUACCUAUCCUUUAACUUCCAAAUGUAAUUCCAAUGAGGAAUUCUAAAAGUAGUUCAAAAAGUAUGGCCACAUUCUUGGAAUAGCCAUAGAAUGUCCUAAGAGGACAUACUUUCUAUUUAGAAGGCUGAGUAUUUUUUAGUAGCAAAUAUUAUAGUCAUCAUUAGAAAGAUAAUUGGUAUGGGAUUACAAGAGGGGUUGUAAGUCCAUAGGCACAAGGUUGGAGAGAUACCUCAAGAAAACUGAAAAUAUUUUCAGAAACUUGCAAAAACAAUUUUUUACAGUAAUUCAGAAGCACAAUCUAUGCUUUGUAUAUGCGAAAUUUCUUACACUGAAUGUCACUUCAAUUUUUUCCUUCCCUCCUCCUGCUUCUCUUUAAUUCAGUAGUCCGUGGCAGUAGCUGAAUAAUCGUUUUUAAAAGUAUGAGGAUGCAUGCUAUGUGAAGAUUUCAUUGUGAACUAGUCAGCAUUAUUUUUCUUGUAAAGUAUUUAUUUAAGAUGUCUGUUAGUGUGUCUUUGUGUGUCCGGUGAGUGCACAACAUUACUUUGUAAUCAAAGAUGGAAAUACAUGAUCCCUGUCUUGA